CAAUAAUUCUCUUCGUUGUCAAGCUAUUUGUUACCGCAGGCGAAUUUGUCUCCGCUUGUGAUUUCACUGUCUGGCUAGAUUUGCCUUUUUUUUCCCCUAUCAUAGAUCUUGCAUUUUGGAUCCGGAGUCAAAUCGUCCAACGAACAUUCGGGUGCCUCACGACGGAAGAAAUUGUUAGGAGCAAGUUGGAGAGAGCCCUGCAAUAUAGCCACUAGCGUCGUUUCCAACGAGAGGGAUUAGUGAAUCGACGCCUAUGGAACAGGGCUUGCAGCCUGAAUUCCAGGCAUCUUCGCCAGCGUCACAAUUCACUUUAGCGGGGCCAAAACUACUUUUAUCGGCAAGGCUUUAGUGUCAGCCUCGUGCUUUCAUCAACACAACAACUCUCCAGGACAAAACAGCCAACAAAGAUGGCAACUCCAGCUUUGUCUGCAGGAUUACAUGACCUGAAUAUCGAUGGCGGAGUAGAGCCAUCUCCGUUCCCAGCUCCGACAAAACUAGCUAGCGGUCUCGUCAACGGCACUCAAACAGAAGUUUCCUCGAUUUACUUCUCAGACAAGAUCUUAGUGACCAUAUCCCAAGGCGGCCGACUAUCCCAAUGGGUCCAAGUCCCGCUUUCAUCGGCCUCGCCAACGUCGUUCGAUACCGCAUUACCUGCAGACAACUCGGACAUGCUGCCCCUCGGACAUCUUACACCAAAGACACUUCUUGGGGCGGGUGGUGAGCAGCGCGAGAUCAUUGGACAUCUAUACGCUAGCCAGAUUGCCAGUGCGAUUGCGACGAGGAAUCCUGAAGAGACGAGGACAUGUUUAAUAGGGUUGGGAUUGAUGAAGUUGGAUAUGGAGCGAGAAGCUUUCUUCGACCUACUAGAGCUAGUGCACAGAGUAAUAUGAGCAUAUAUCUAGGAAGAAGGAGCUCUGAAUUCGGUCACCAAGGACCUCAACGGCUUUCCAAGAUGAGAGGAUACAGCUACAGAAUUCUGGUAUGACUGGAAGCCGGACUGAAAUGGCUACAGAAUCACAAAAAAUAGCAUCGUGAAUGAUGAGCUCACGAAGGGAGUCUUUGCACAAGGCAAUGCU